AUGUCCACCAUCGCCCUCAUCACAGGCGCCAACCAAGGAAUCGGUCUAGCGACCGCCACACGCCUCGCCAAAGACCACGACUACCAUGUAAUCAUCGGCUCUCGCAACUCCGCAGCCGGCGAAAAAGCCGCAAAAGCAAUCGAGGCAGAAGGCGGCAAAGCCUCGAGCAUCCAACUGGACCUCACUUCCGAUGACUCCAUCACGGCAGCGGCCAAAACCAUCGAAACGCGCUUCGGCCGCCUCGACAUCCUGGUCAAUAAUGCGGCCAUUCUGCUCGAUGGGAAAGAUCCCAAACUGAGUCUUCGGGAUAUGCUUACGCGCACUCUGGAGACGAAUGUCAUUGGUACGGCGUGUGUGACCAAAGCGAUGCUGCCGCUGCUUCGCAAAUCCGCUUUGCCUCGCGUCGUCUUCGUUUCGUCGCGAAUGGGUUCCCUGGGCCUGGCUACGGAUCGCAGCACGAUGUGGUACGCCAUUGAUUACAAGACGUACGAUGCAAGCAAGGCGGCGUUGAACAUGCUUGCGCUGAAUUACUCGCGCGAGCUCGAGGGCACUGGGGCAAGAGUGAAUGUUGCUUGUCCGGGGUUGAUCAAGACGAAUCUGACGCAGUACCAUAAGUACGGUGGACAGCCCGAGGAUGGGGCGCGCAGAAUCGUCGAGCUGGCGACGCUGGGGAAGGAUGGGCCAACGGAAACGUUUUCGAAUUCGGAGGGGUUGAUUCCUUGGUGA